GUAAUCAACUCAUUUGUUGGUCAAACCGGCAUAUCCUCCAGUUGUUUUAUUCUUGGUGGCUCUUUAAUACCCUUCUCUACCAGGACACAAUGGACAGCCCAAAUACUUCAGCAGAUUAUUUUGCUGAUAGCAGUGCUGAGACUGUUGCCCCAAAAGAUUUGGAACCAGAGUCGAGUAGUAUUAACAACCUCGGAAACUUAAUGGUUAAAACUGAUCAAGAAUUUCCUCCAGCACCUGUUAUUGACUUUCAAACGCAGGAGCUUUUGAACGCAUCUCUAGACACAAGUUUGUUAGUGAAUAAAUUUUUAUGCGAAUCGAACUUGCCCGUCCGAAUAUGUUGUCCAUUUUGUAUUUUUGACUUUGGCUUUGAAGUAUUACUCAAAGACCACAUCAAACAGACGCAUGAAAAGGAAUUGAAAUUAGUUUUACAGUCUGCACCGGGGGUAAUAGAUUUUCACCAGUGCCCUUUCUGUCAGUCUAAAUUUUAUCACCGUCACCUUCUGCCCAAGCAUAUUAUAAGAAAUCAUGAAAUGUGUGUUGUAAAUAUGUUUAGUGGGUUUAGUCCUGAAAAAUAUGUUUACUGCAGGUUCUGCCCUCAUAAAAUUAUGAGGAAACAUUUUAAGUUGCUGAUAAUUCACAUAGAAAAAAAGCAUUAUCCUCUUUUUGAAAAAUAUGUCAUUACAAAAUAUUCAAAUAUAACAAAGAGUAUGGAGGAUUUGUUUGAACAAAAAAAACCAAGCAGUGCGAUGCGAUAUGAAUCACCAGGUCUCAGCGUGGAUUUGUUAAAACUUAGUACGAAUGAUGAUGAAGAAGGAAAGAAGUUUAAUGGGGUGAGGCCAAUUUUAAAGGCUAAAACAGCAUACCCUUUAGAUCAAUCUGAAUGUGUUGCUGAUCAAAAUGAGACUCAGGUCUAUGCCAAUUUAAAUGUCCCCCCAAAAAAUUUGAGAAGAAAAUUGAGAUUUAAUUUACCGGAUUCUCCAGAGACGAAUGAAAUUAUCCCUGGCAAAAAGAAAAAAAGGGAUGACCAGAAUAAAAAAUCAAAAUGGGCAUUUUCUUCUAAAUCUAAAAAGCUCAAGAGGUCUGUCAAAGCAGAAAAAAACAAAGAAAACCUGGAAGACCCAGAAUCAGUGUCAGAUUUGGCCACACAGCUUUGUCGGUUUAAGUGUGGACUUUGCUCAGAAUCUUUUCACGUCAAUGCCAAACUUCUCGACCAUCUCAAGAAAAAGCACAAAGGAUUUGUUUUCCAAGCACGUUACAAAUGUGGGGUGUGUCAUGCUAAAUUCUACAAAAACGAUUAUUUAGUAAGACAUUGUUGGCACAAUCAUGGCCCUCUCUGUCUCAAGACACCUCUUCACGCAAAGGAUUCUGGUAUGCAAUUUUAAUCAGUAUACAGAAAAGAUAGUAAUUUUUAAAUUAUAUUUUCAAUAAGAUAUAAAUGUACCAUUUUCAAACCAAAGAACACUGAUUUUAAUAAUCCAAAUUAUAUUUGAUUUAUAUAUUUCUAGAUGUUUUACAUAUGAAAUUGAUUGUUUUUAUUAUCUUACCACAAUACAGAUUGUACAUAAUCUUGCUAGUUUUAUCCUGUUGUUAUUUAAACAACAGUAUCAUGUUGUUUUGGUAAUAUUUCUUAGUAUGUGAUUCUGUGAACUGUGAUAUGCGUAAGAUCACAUUCUGUGAUAACACAUUUUAUUAUCAAAAAGAUUCUCUCAAAUCAUUUAGUCUUAAUCAGCAAGACCUAUGGAGUAGGUCAAUUGAAAUAAGAGGGAUACACCCAAGCGACCUGGUGAAAUACCCUCCAGGCUAGUCACAAGCAUGAAGCUUUGGCCUAAAGCUUGCCCCUGAGGAGUUGGACAUAGAGCAUAUAAACACUAGCAGAAUGCUGACCAACCCCCCAUGAAUGUUGCUAAGAUUGUGUGCCAGAUUGUGAGAGAUGAAAUCAUUCGGCACAGGAAAGUAAAAAGAGACCACUACUGAGCACAGUUGGCAGGACAAUGAAGUAUUCCCAAUCUACAAUAGUGUAAUCAUGGAGGGAAUUUCAAACUUCAAGAUCCUCAAAAACAAGAGGAAGCGUGCAAACUGCCUCCUCUGAUAUACUCUUAAGUGGUAUUCCUUCUGUUCAAUUAGAGAAAACAGUCUGUUGACAGCAAAUAAAAGAAUAUGUCAGAUGGUGGAAGUGGACCAACUAAUUCAAUCAUACGUACCUCGACCAAGAUGUUUAUGCUUCCGUAGUAAGUAAUCUCACAAGCUAUUCUGAAUAAUGUUUUCCACAUCAAAUCUGGUUCACCACUGCUUCAACAAUUGCCUUUGCCAUCCUUAUUCGCUUAUUUCAGAAUUUUUGUUAUAUAUUCAACUCUCACUAAUGGAGCAAGCUGUCAGCACUAGCUACAGCAGCAAAGGUACUUGUAGCAUUAUCUCUCGCACUCUCAACAGUCGAUGUGGCUGUCUGCUGCAAGAGUCCCUUCUCUUGCAACCUAUUCUACAAUCAGCUUUUUUUUUUUUUUCUUUUUAAAUGGAUACCAGGGACUGGAAGUUCCCUCCUGAGCAC